AUGGAUGAAUAUAACAUAUACAAUAAUAGUUCUAAUAGUAAAUCAUUAAACGGAGAAAUAUCUGAAGUUUCUGAUACUCUUAACCUUAAAACUAUUUCUUCAAAUUGUGAAGAAAAAAAAAAUGUACAAAAGUGCGAUAAAUCAAUUCCGAGUGUUGAAACUAGCUCAAUUUCCAAAGGAAUUUCAAUAAAUGAAAAAAUAGUACAAAAUUUUAAAAUAUGUAUUAAGUUUUUAUUUAAAAAAAAUCUUAUUUAUUUAAUUAUUGGAUUGUUUUUUACUGCCUGGUGGAUUUCAAUAUUAUCACAAGAUAAAUUUAGGAAAAAAACAAGUUUAUGGCUUGUUCCAACAGUUUUAUGGGGAUGUAUUAUCUUUAGACUUGCUACCUUUUUCAUUCCAAUUCCCAAAUACAUAAUGUUUAUUCCCAGAAAAUGUUUUUUUUAUUUAAUUCAAAUAAGAGAUAAAAUUAUUCUGGAAAAUUUGAGGUUGGUAUUUGCUGCUAUUUUCACAAUUGUUGUGAUUUGUUUGGGUACAUUUAUUCCAUCGGAAACUGAAUAUUCAUCGAGAACUGAUAGGUUGAUAUCAUUUUUUGGCAUUUUCAUCAUUCUAUUUUGUUUAUGGUUGACAAGUAAUAAUAGAAGAAAAAUUAAAUGGCAUACAGUUAUAACAGGCAUUUUAUUCCAAUAUAUAAUAGCGUUAUUUGUACUAAGAACUACAGUUGGAUAUGAUAUCUUUAACUUUAUUUCAAAAUUGGCUGCAAGUUUAUUAGAAUUUGCAAAAAAUGGAGUGGCUUUUGUUACAGACGAAGCAACAUCAGAGAAAACCAUGUUUUUUUUUACAGUAUUACCAUCAAUUCUAUUUUUUGUGGCAUUAAUUCAUAUUCUCCUUUAUUGGAAUAUUAUUCAAUGGGCAGCUAAAAAAUUUGGAGUUUUUUUCUUUUGGUCAAUGAAGGUUUCAGGAGCUGAAGCAAUUGUUGCAACUGCAUCCCCAUUUAUCGGGCAAGGAGAAUCAGCAAUUUUAGUGAAAGAACUAGUUCCAUUUUUAACCAAAGCCGAAAUUCAUCAAAUUAUGUGUUCCGGAUUUGCAACAAUUUCAGGGUCAGUUUUGGUAGCAUUUAUUGGCUUGGGAAUAAAUCCACAAGCUUUGGUGUCGUCUUGUGUAAUGUCAAUUCCAGCUGCAUUGGCGGUUUCCAAAAUGAGAUUUCCUGAAACAGAAGUAUCAAUCAGUGCUGGAGAAGUCAUUUUACCAGAAACCGAAUCAAACUUAGAUGAAAAUUCAAAUGAAGCUAAAAAUGUUUUGCAAGCCUUCUUAGAUAAGGGAGGAAAACUAGGGUUCAAUAUAGCAUGUAUAGUAAUGACUAAUUGUUUUCUCUUGAUUGCAACAGUUGCAUUGAUCAAUUCAUUGUUAACAUGGUUUGGGGCCUAUUGGGGAAUUCCCAAUUUGACAUUGGAGUUGAUGUUUACAUACCUUCUCUAUCCAUUGGCUUUUUUAAUUGGAGCACCAAGAAAUGAAAUACUCAAAAUAUCCAAACUACUUUCAUUCAAAUUCAUUCAAAAUGAAUUCAGUGCUUAUUUUUUGCUAACUAAUGACGAUGAAUUCACGACCCUAUCAAAAAGAGGAUCUGUUAUAGCAACCUAUGCUCUCUGUGGCUUUGCCAACAUUGGAUCAGUAGGCACCCAAAUUGGAAUGUUUUUACUACCUGCUUUAGCACAAGUCAAUGGUGGGCUUUUGAAUGAGUUUUCAGUUGUUGGUCCAACUUUGUUAAAAUACUCAAAUGAAACUAAAGAUUCAAUUUAUUCUCUUCUUUCAACAACUAAUUAUAAUGACUUAAUACUAGAUUUUGAUCAAACUUUAGAUUCUGAUGAGAACUUGGUUAUUGAUUUAUUAAAUUCUGGAGUCUCAAAAGUUUUUGUCCCCUUUUCAAACUACUUGGUUGAUACAGUCAAUAACUCAAUCCCAUCACACAGAAUCGGUAUAAAAUUAACAAACAUUAGCGAAAUUAGUAAAGAAAUUGCUAACAAGUUUUAUUCGGUAAUUAUUCCAUAUAAUUCUCAACUUAAUUACAAUGAAACAUCCAAAUCUUUCAAAUCGGGUCAAAAUAUAUUUAUUGAUCUUAAUCUUGAGGAAAUUUCGUUAACAAUUGACCAAAUUAUUAAUUUAACUUCUUCAAAUUUAAUUCCAAUUAUUUCAACUAAUAAAUUAUCUUAUGAUGACUCUAAGAUAUCAAUUUCCAAAAUUUUAAUCUCAAAAUUAUCAUCUGAUAGAGCUGAUGGUUUAUAUCCAACAAUUGUUUCAGAUAUUUACAAUAAUUCUUUAGGUCUUUGUUACUCUUCAAAUGAAUCAAUUGAAAAGGCCUUAAUUGAAAAAGUUGGUGUUUAUCAAUCAAGAAAACAUGGCUUAUGGGUUAAAGGUUUAACCUCUGGCUCAACUCAAUCUUUGAUUUCAAUUCAAUUGGAUUGUGAUAAUGAUGCCUUAAAAUUUGUUGUUAACCAAUCAGGCACUGGGUUUUGUCAUUUGAAUACCAAUACUUGUUUUGGUGAUUUAACUGGUUUAUCUCGUUUGGAACAAACGUUGAUUCAAAGAAAAUUAAAUGCUCCUCAUGGAUCUUAUACUUCUAGAUUGUUUAAUGAUGAUGAUUUAUUAUCUGCAAAGAUUAAGGAAGAAGCCGAAGAAUUGGCAGAAGCUAAAUCUAAAAAUGAAAUUGCCUGGGAAUGUGCUGACCUAUUUUAUUUUGCUAUUACUAAAUUAAUUAAAAAUGGUGUAUCCAUUGCCGAUGUUGAAAGAAAUCUUAAUAUGAAAAAUCUUAAAAUAAAGAGAAGAAAAGGUGAUGCCAAACCAAAAUUUAUUGACCAAGAUAAAUCAAAUGAAAAAAAUAAAUCUAGCGUCAAACCUAAACAAAAUCCACAAGACGAAAUUUUAACUGGUGAAAUUAAAUUAAAAUCAAUUAAUGUUUCUGAUUUAACUGAACAACAAGUUAUUGAUGCUAUUUCAAGACCUGUCCAAUCAACUUCAAAUAUAAUGAAGUUGGUUAACCCAAUUGUUGAAAAUAUAAAAAAUAAUGGUGAUAAAGCCUUGAUUGAAUUGACUGAAAAAUUUGAUAGAGUCAAGUUAUCUUCCUCAAUUAUCAAAGCACCUUUCUCUCCAGAAUUAUAUCAAUUGCCUAAAAAGAUUCAAGAUGCUCUUGACCUUUCAAUUGAAAACGUUUACAAAUUUCACAAAGCACAAAUAGAUAAUAUCAAACCUUUAACCAUUGAAACCUCAAAGGGUGUUGCAUGUUCUCGUUUCUCAAGACCAAUUGAAAACGUUGGUUUAUAUAUUCCUGGAGGAACUGCUGUAUUACCUUCUACUGCUCUCAUGUUGGGUGUUCCUGCUCAAGUCGCUGGUUGUUCCAACAUCAUUUUUGCUUCUCCACCAAGACCAGAUGGUACUUUAACUCCAGAAGUUGUCUACGUUGCUCACAAAGUCGGUGCAAAGGCUAUUGUAUUAGCUGGUGGUGCUCAAGCUGUUGCUGCAAUGGCUUAUGGUACAGAAACUAUCCCCAAAUGUGAUAAGAUUCUUGGUCCAGGUAAUCAAUUUGUUACUGCUGCUAAAAUGUAUGUUCAAAACGAUACUUCGGCUUUAUGUUCCAUUGAUAUGCCUGCAGGUCCAUCAGAAGUUUUAGUUGUAGCUGAUAAACAAUCGGAUCCUGAUUUUGUUGCAGCAGAUUUAUUAUCGCAAGCUGAACAUGGAAUUGACUCUCAAGUUAUAUUAGUAGCAAUUGAUUUAAAUGAUUCUGAAAUUGAUGCAAUUGACAAAGCUGUUUACGAACAAACCAUUAAGCUACCAAGAGAACAAAUAAUAAGAAAAUGCAUUGACCAUUCAUUAAUAAUUAAAGUUAAAACUGCUGAGGAAGCAUUUUAUUAUUCUAAUCUUUACGCUCCUGAACAUUUAAUUUUACACUUGAAGGAUGCACCAAGCUAUUUGCCGUUAGUUCAACAUGCUGGUUCAGUGUUUGUUGGUCAAUAUACUCCUGAAAGUUGUGGUGACUACUCAUCAGGAACUAAUCAUACAUUACCAACAUACGGUUAUGCUAGAAUGUAUAGUGGUGUUAAUACUAGUACAUUUUUGAAAUUUAUUACAAGUCAAGAGGUUACUGAAGAAGGUCUUAAGAAUAUUGGACCAAGUGUUAUGGAAGUGGCUGAUGUUGAAGGAUUAGGAGCUCAUCGUAAUGCAGUCAGGAUAAGAAUGCAAAAACUUGGUUUAUUAUAA